AUGUCUGAGGACACGACGCCAAUUUAUAGGAAUGAAUUCGUCGUUGUGCACGUGGAGACCGUUGAGGACGGCUUAAGUGGAAGUAGAGGCAGCAUAAACAGUUCACAACUGGACUACGGGGGAGAGCGCCCAAGCGAGAGCAACGAAAGCGUUGCUGAAGACAACUCAGAAACAGAAGAGGAUGAAAUCAUACAUUUAAGUUUGGAUAAAGAAGAGAGUUCUGCGAGGUUAACUGGGCUGAAAGCUUAUAUCAGGAGCACAUUUCAGUGGUUUCCAGACACCGCUUCCGCCACAGAGAAGGCGAUUUGCACCACAAUGCAGGUUCUAAUCGUGAGUAUCCUCGUAUGUUGCUACGGCUUCGACAUGGGUGCCUUUAACAACAGAUCCCUGGUUAAAGAGGAAAUGAAUGAAACUGUCACUGCGGCCAAAAAUUUCAUCUGGUCUCUGAGGUUUCUGGAACUGAACGUCCUUGGGGUGCUUUACUUUCGGAAACGUCACCUGGAGAGAAUGCUAUCAAAAGUGAUUUUGACAAGGCGAUAUUGGAAGAAAACCCAAAAAACCAUCAGUAAAGCAAUCCUUGCUGUAAUUUGCUGCGUGAUCUUCUUCCCGCUCUUAUUGAAAGCUGUCCAAAUGAAUUUGUCGACUCGAAAAGUGGCAUCUUUUAACGUGAAGCAAAUCAGUUUGGCGAAUUCUCUGUCACUUUUCGCCCGCCUUGUAGCGCUGCCGAUGUUUGUUGGCUUCAUUUACGAAGUCUACAUCAUCUUCAGUCACAUUCGCUUUUUCAAAGAGCAGAUCCAAGAGUGGCCCGAGGAUAAAUUCGAAGAAGCGAGGAAUCGGUUCAUAGAUAUCAAAAAAAUGAUUCGGGAUGCAGAAAGGAAUUUUCAACCUUUCCUCAUCACACACCUACUCCUGCUGUUGAUACUGCUCAUUCCGUCAAUAUUUUCUUGUGCUGAACGCUUCCAAACUGAGAUCUACUACCGGCAGAAAUACAGCGACCCCAUGAUGUUAACUCCAGCAGCACAGAUCCCAUCAAACACGGGCUUCACUGUUUCUAAUGUCAGUAGUUUUUAUAACAACAAUGAAAUGGGAUUGUUUUUAAAGAUAACAGGUCCGAACAACACUCGUCACCAAGUCAAGACAUACAAGCUACCGUUUGAGUACACUGAUAAGCUUACAGACGUAAAAGAAGUGAUAAGGAUUGGUUCUAGUGCUUUAGGUGAUUUCCUGGAAAUGCUGGUGUUAUACACCCUGCCAUUAGUGUUCCUGGCCAAGUUGCAUAAAAUCAUGACAAGUUUACCUGAAGUUGUUCGAGAUCUGAAAUUUUCAGAACAGAGGGAUCUGGAGGCAGGAUUCUUGUUCCAGAACAGACAAAUAUUAAAUGAGGUGCUGGAAGAUCUGUCAACAGGCAGGGGUAUUCAGAUAAUGGGAAUGAAUAUGACAGGUGUGAAGACUGCUUUGGUGACCCUGCUGCUGCCAUUUCUAACCACAGCAAUUCACCUGUUGCUCUUGCAUGUCGAUCCUAACUAA